GGAGAGGGCUCUGUGCUUCAGACCUUCUGCUUCCCUACUGGUGGUCUAUGGACAGCAUCAGAGGGUCGUCCUUGCGAGGUUGGCUGCUGCUUUGGCUGCAGGAGUGCUGAGAAGCGAGUUGGUACUCGUGUACAGAACGCAGCGUACCAGUGUAGGAGCUCGGCAGCUGCGUGUCGUGCAGCGCCGUGUUAGGUGGAAACAGAGCCGCUGAAGUUGAGCAGAUCUGCAGUUACUGGUGAAGUCACCGCACUCACAGGACGAGAGUUAUGUUGUCUCUCUCUUGCUAAGAGCAACCUUCCCGGGAAAACAAAAUGAAGGAAUUAACGUCAAACAGUACAACCAAUAUAUCUCAAGCUAGGAAAGCUGUGGAGCAAUUAAAAAUGGAAGCAUACAUGGAUAGGAUGAAGGUAUCCAAGGCUGCAGCAGACUUACUGGCAUACUGUGAUGCUCAUAUUGGAGAAGAUCCCCUUAUUAUUCCAGUGCCUGCAUCUGAAAAUCCCUUCAGGGAGAAGAAACUCUUUUGCACUAUCCUUUGAGUCGGUUUUCAACUAAAAAUAUUGUAUGUUAAAAUUUGGUAUCAGUGAUGCAUGUUUUUGGAUUUAGCAUAUUUUCCUCAGAUACCAAUAUUUAACCUAGAAUGACAGUGUUUUUAGAAGGUAGUGCAUUUCCUGUUAAUAAAUAAAUAAAAUAAAAAUAAAAAUCCUAAAAAAAAAUCAAGGUAAUCCUUAUUUUUCAGACCAGUGCAUAAAUUUCAUUUCAGUUUUCAUAAAGACUCCGUGGUUCUUAAUGGAAGUAUCUAGUACAGUAUCGAGUUGUAGAUAUCUUUGCCAGUCAUAGAUUUUUCUGAGACCUAAAUGAGUCAUACCGACUCUGAAGCUAUUUUUAACAUUCUUAUUUUCUUCAGAAGAUGAAUUUAAUUCAUUUGCCUUUACAAAUUUUUAUCUAAAAGGAGUAGUGUGACCUUUCCACAAGAGGCACUAUUAAGGAAAAAAUGCCAGUGAUCUACGAUGUUUGGAAUGGUCAGUCUUAAACAAUAAGUGAUGUUUUAUAAUAAGUAUGUUUUGUGAAGGCUGUAGUAAACUUGACUACAGAAACAAUCUGAGUUAGGAAGUACUGUAACUACAGGUAAAAUGAAGAAGUAUAGUUAUAUACUACGACUGCAUCAAUAAAACUGUGGGGAAACAUG